AUGGUACUUGGAUGCUCAGCUUGCGCUUGGACCGUUUGGAGCUGGAUAUUUGGACCGCCCGCGGGCUCAGCUUUACGACCACUUCACCCGCCCGACUCGUGCUCACGCUUCAGCGGCCAGCUCUACGAGCAGAUCUACCGCGAUCUCGCGGCAUAUGAGACUUUGGAUGCACAGCGCUUUGCCUUCUAUGAUGGCUUCUGUGCACGACGUCAAAAGGCAUGCAUUCGGCUGAGAAUUGCCAAUGGCGCAGCCUACGUCUUGGAUAUGUUUCCUGGGUAUCAGAGCCGUCAUCGCAGCACGUUGCAUGCUCUGUAUCGUGCAAUUUCUCGCUUUGGGGGCUUGCCGGAUGUCGAGGUGACAAUUGAUCUUACUGACGGUGAGCUCCAGAACAUAGACCUGCCCAUAUUCGUAAUUACGCACAAGAAGGAGGCGCCUGCUGGAAUAUUGUAUCCAGACUUCACCUUCUACUCCUGGCCUGAGAGCGUUUGCCCGUCGUCUGAGACCGAAACCUCCCACAAUUACGAUCAUCUCUAUCGCCAUUUUCGUCAGCACUGGGGCAUGGGGGCAAGGUGGCUCAACCGCAGCGACACCGUCUUCUGGCGGGGGGCUCCAGUGGAGGAUCAAGGCGCGCGCACGGUGGCACUAGAGAGGAUUGCUGAAGUCAAGAAUUCCGACGCAAAGUUCAUCUCGUGGAAAACCGUGUCCUCCACAGGCCAGAAUGACGUUCAAGGAUGUGUGGGUUUGCUGGAGCAGUGCCGACACCGCUACUUGGCCUUUCUGGCUGGCACUACCUAUUCAUCGCGCAUCAAAUACCAGCUGCUCUGCGGUUCAGUAGUGCUGGCCCAGGAGCCACGCUUCGUAGAGUGGUGGAGCCACCUUCUGCUUCCUGGAGUUCAUUUUGCUCCUGUGGAGCCGGGGUGGGCCAACAUUCACCCCUUGAUGCACCUUCUGCGCGAAAACCCCCUCAGGGCUGCAACCAUUGCGCGGCAGGGUCAACAGCUUGCCAUGACGGCGCUGUCUCCAACAGCUGUGGAUUGCUAUUGGUGGAUGCUCCUGGCCCUGAGUGCCAGGGUGCUGCCACGCUCCACUGGGCCGUUGCCCCCCAGCGCUCGGCCGCUGGAGGACACAUUGCUGUUACCCGAUGAUGCGACGCUGUCUUCUCUGCAUGGCCUGCAAGGCGGCAUCUCGAUGCUCGUAGCCCCGAAGCCUGAGACGCAGGCAACAGCUGCGGAAACAACUGGUGGGCGGCGCCUGGACAUCGUCAACCGAUGUAGCCGUCCCAUGGUCAUUGCACCCACUGGCGGCAACUCCGAAAUUCCGUGCGGAAGUGGAUGCCCUGGCGGAAUGGUGUGCAACCCGGAGAGAUCGGAGUGUUACUUCGAUUUUGAACGGCCAGGAGAGGAUUGGACAAUAGCUCCUGGGGAGACGUUGGUCAUGCACACGCCCAAUCAGGCCGUUCAGCAAGGCAAUGGCGUCUUUGCGGAGUGGAGCGGGAAGAUCGAGUUCUACCCCAACCAUACUCAGGAUGGAGGCUUAAUACCAUCGGCUUUCUGCAACAACCAGGCUUUCUGCCCAUCCUACCAGGGCCUCAAUGGCGUAGCUACAGGCAUAGAGUUCACAUUUGUCCCGUUCGGUCCGGACUAUUAUGAUGUGUCCAUCAUCAACGGCUUCAACAUUGGUAUUGAGAUGAAGCCAAAUGGCGCUUUCAAGCAGAUAGCGGAGGAGGCUGCUGGCAGCUGGGUGGGUUACAAUUGCGGAAGCGCUGGGGCCUCUCAUCAGCCGGAUAUCCGCCUCAGUUCAUGUUCAUGGAACUUCGAUCCACGCGGUGAUGGGCAAGACCUGGGCCCCCUUCUACGGCAAGUCGACGGUAGUGGAAAGAGUUGCACUUCUGACAGCGACUGCAUCGCUGGUUUGGUCUGCGGGCAAGUUGGCGUUCGCACCUUCAACCCCGUUACCAAGCAGUACCAGCCAACAGAAGAGAUCCGCAUGGAGUGUGGCCAUCAAAUUGGCUUAUGGUCCGCCUACCAGCUGUGUGUGUGGAGUGGAAACAGGUAUGUCAGUCCAUCACCAUUUGAUGGCUUGAUCGACUGCCCAGCGCAUCACAACAUGUUCGCAUGUGCUGGGCAUGAGCCAUGGAUUACAACUUGUUACUCCGAGGGGUCUCAUGAGGAUGGCUGCUGUGGGUGUGCAGAUUGGGCUGACAUUCUGGACAUCCCUGUGCCACAGGCUCAUGGCUGCAGGGGCAACAGUACCACUUGGGAGGAGAGUGCGCUGCCUUACUACGAGAUACUGAAGCGGGGCUGUCCUACAGCAUACACGUAUGCAUACGACGACGAGUCCUCAACCUUUACUUGUCAGAGUGCGAACAGUCGGCAGGAGGAGUCUGAAGCUGCCUGUGCAACAUACACAGAAGAUCUUUGCCCUCACCCGCAGUGCGCGUGGUAUGGCAUGGAUAUUGGAUGCCAAGUCAAGGCUAAUGAUGCAGGAUACAUCAUUACCCUUUGCCCAGAAGCACCGGAGGGCAGCUGGAACUUGCCAAAGCCCCCCCAGAUCAGUGCAGAUACUCCUGCCAUGGAUUCUGAUGCUGCUGUAGAGACGACCACGCAAGCCCUGCCAACGACCACCACAUGGUCUUGCCAACCCGGAGAUGUCGUACCAUGCUGCGUCGAUAGAGACUGCUUGGAGACCUGCGCUGGCAACCAAUGCUGUCCGGAUGGGACAGCUUGCCCUUCAGCCACUGAUGACUUUGCCCUGUGCCCGGCUCCCAGGCUGUACACCUGUCCGCCAGAGACCACUACUCAAACCACAACCUUCAGCAUUACUGCCACCACCACAGCCACGCAAACCUCCACAUCCUCCACACUCCAGACCACACUUAGUGCUGUCCAGCUACAAACCUCCCUGCGUUCAAGUGGAAGGAUGGAAGCAACCGGCGAGGUUGCUACCUCUGGGGAGGUAUUGGUGGGCGACAUCCACGUUGAGCUGAGCGCUGGCAAUGCGAGUCUCUGGAUGAGUGACCCGGGAGUGCAGCAGGCGCUGCGGGCCUCACUGCGGACACUGAGCAGCCACGAAGGCAUCCCGUUGCAGAACGUCCAUCUUACAGCCGACCCGAGCACUUCAACUUUCCACUAUCGGGUUCAACUGCCAGCUGACUUCUCAGAAAGCGAGGAUGACAUUGGCAAGAGGAUGGCCAACCUGUCUAACCAGUGGACGGAAGAGCUGAAGAAGGCUGUUCAUACUGGAAAGACUGGCAAUGUCAGUAUCCAGACAGCAGGCACGACCGUGUCGUGGGAAAUCAGGAAGAAGAUGCUGCAGGCCAUCGACAGCACUUCCACGCUGCCGGCUCCCGCAAGCCCGCUGGAUGUGACCAGUGCAGCAGGGGAACUGUCGCCAUUUUCACUAUCCAGCUUCGCCGGCAUCAUCUUCCUCCAAGCGCAUUUGUUUUUUGGACGUGGGUGA